AAUAUUUGGCAAUAUUUGGCCAUUUUUUUAUCAAAUUUGGUUGACACUCACAAUUGACUGUGGCGGUCGUCGUGGUGAGAGAUGGCGGCGCUGUGGAGACGAAUUGGGUCCGCUGGCCUUCCGUUGCGACGUGGGUUCUGCAUGGCAGCCGCCACGUCCGUCCCAUUCGACACGUACUUGUUCGCGCAAAACCUCAAGUCGAAAGGAUUCACAUCCAAGGAGGCGGAUGCCAUUCUGACCGUGACAAGAGCCGCCGUUGGUGAAAUGAACACGACCCGCGUGUCGUUGUUCACCCCGAAGACCGACCACUUGGAGCUGAAAACGGACUUGUCCCAGAAGGUCCUUCGCUCGACGAUGAACUUUGGUGCGUCCCCAUCAUCUAUUCCGUGCAUUUCACCACGUGCCGUAGAAAUCGCGCACAGACACAUGCGGGAAGUGAUCGAGCGCGACUUUAGCAACCUCAAGAAUGACAUUCGCAUGACGGAGAAGCUCGAUCUGGACAAAGUGCGCACGGAACUGGCCAAGGUCGAGCGCGAGUUCCUUCUCCAAAAGAAGACCGACGAGGAAACGCUGAAUUCGCUGCACAUUGCCAACGAAAAGCUCGAAAAACGAAUCUUGCAGUACACCGUGGCGUUUUCCGGCACGUUUUGUUUGGUCUUGGCCCGCGUCGCCGCGUUCUUUUAAACGUUUUUGAAGCACCAAACGUUUUUUAUCGCUGUUCUUUUAAGCGUUUUGAAGCACGAAACGUGUUUUAUCGCUGUUCUUUUAAGCGUUUCGAACCAAAACAC